AUGGAGAAGGAAUGCAUCUUUAGGAAAGGUCUGAAACACCUCCCAGAAUCUCUAACUGGGCUGCCAGCUUCACCAUAUAGUUCAUCUGUGGAAGGAAAGCAGAGCAGGCUCACAGCUCCUUUGGAAGCUAACACUUCUCGGUCUGUACCUGUGGCUACAAAGGCUGUGCUCACUUGCCCUUCUGCCAGCUUAACAAAUGUGCUGAUAAUAAGGUGGGAAAUAAACCUCAGAGACAAGGCUUCCUGCAUUAGAGCCUACAGGAGAGAAAACAAUGAGACCAGUGAAAGAAACUGUACCGACGAGAGAAUAUCCUGGGAGUCCAGACCCGAUCAGAAUCCUGCCCUUCAGAUUGAUCCCGUGGCCACCACUCAUGAUGGAUAUUACAGGUGUGAAGUGGCCGCACCUGAUGGGAAUUUCGGUCUUGGAUAUCACCUCCAAGUGUCAGUGCCCCCCGAGGUGACCCUGUCUCGAGGCAGCAAUGGAACCCUCGUGUGCAGGGCAGCUGCAGGGAAGCCAGCUGCACAGAUCUCCUGGACCCCAGGGGGAGACUGUCACACUGCGGAACAACAGUUGGGCAAUGGCACAGUGACCGUCCUGAGUACAUGCCGCUGGGAGGACCGCCAGGUGUCUAACGUGUCCUGUUCUGUCUCCCACGUGACCAGCAACAAGACUCUGUCCUUAGAGCUGAAUCAAGCAUCAGCCUUACUGAUCAUUCUCUAUGUGAAAUUCUCUCUAUUCUUGGUUAUCCUGGUCAUCGUGGGAUUCAUCUACUUCCAGAGAAUAAAUGAUUGCAGAGAUUAUGAAACAGACAUAACUUCAGAAGAUAGCAAUCAUAGGUAUAAGAGCAUCUCCAUGAUAGUUCCAGAAGAAUUGCUGAUUCCUAUCCAAAACAUGCUUUUUUUGGCAGCCUCCCCAGAGGACUGUGAAGUCAUAGUGCAUAAGCUAUCCAACUCCUACCUCUGCAGGAUGGUAAAACAGACCCAAGACUUGCCAACUGCAGCUGUUCUCAGGCGAGGGUUCUCUCCAGCCUGCGGCCAUCAGCAGACACACAAGCAGUGUGCACGCACACGCUAG